AUGCAUUCCGCACAUUCGCAUGGUCAGGAGUUGAUGACUGAUUGGACUCCUACUCUGAGUAGUUUCGGUAACGGUUUAAGGAGAGAAAAGGACAAUUUAUCCAAUGCAGUCGCAUCCCCAACGUACUCUCAUCUAUCAGCAGCUGAAUCGCAAUCUCAACCACACUCCCCCGCUGCACAAUCAUCACCUUAUGCUCAUGGUCAAACAUUAGUUGUCAACGGUCCUCCUUCUUAUCAUCUCCCUUAUCCUACUCUAUCCGGAUCUCAUCUCCAACCCAUGUCUGUCCAACCUUCACCCCGCUUGUCACCAUUAGGUCAAACGUCCACAUCGACAUAUUACCCUACAUCUCAAGAUUACGAAGUUUUCCAGACUCCAUCGGGAACCAACCAAUCAGGAGGUCAAUUCUCGCCUGAACCUUACCUUGACCAAUCGUAUACCCCUCAGCAACCGACCGGAUACGAUGGUACCACACCCUUGCUCACUACCACUACUUUGACCAGGACUUAUGACUCGACCAUACCGUCAUACUAUCAGACCACCACUGAUGGGCGGAGGGCAUGGAGUCAGGCUACGCCUGACAAGCAACCUUCAGCAACCAAACGAAAGAGAGAAAGACAAAGCACCAAGGACACCCCUCCAUCGGGUAAAGCUUUGAAGACGCCAAAAAGGGGAAAACAGCAGCAACAGCAAGAUGAGACUAGCGGAGGAAGAGCGUCUAAACGUGUCAGAGUAGAUAGUGCUCCGGCGACAACGGUUCAAUUACCUACACCGCCUUCGACUGGUAAGGAGAUAUCGACAAUCAAUUUACCACCUCAUCUUCGCUUGCCCAUACCGACUGAAGAGGUCAUGACUCCGAUAGAAGAAGAACCUGAAAUAUUGGAUUCUUUAGUAAGAAGAGGUCUUGUGAUCACCCGACAUCAAGAGGAAGGACGAAAGCUUGGUUUGUUAGGGAUAAGUCAAGGUGAACUUGAAGAUACCAAAUCACCAGAGGAACAUCAUCUAUCACCGAGAACAACCACCAUCCCCGCGCUUACCACCGAUGAGUCCGGAUUAGCUUCAUUAGCCACAAAUGAGGUGCUGGAAAGUGAAGUUGCCUGGUUCGAAAAUCGAACGAAGACUCGUGCAUCUCCUCCAUCAUCCCCCGAUCUCACCACUCUCCGUACACCCACCAUGAGCAAUGAUCGACUGCUGCCUGAUCCUGAUGAUCAAGAAGAAGAAGACGGAGAUUCACCCGAGAUCCAAGCUGAAAGGAUCGCCAGACGACUAGAAGCUUUCUCCGAGCAUACUAUCAAAGAUGAGCAACCCUUGAUCUCGACAAGGAUAGAUUUGUUUGGUCGAGUCGCCGUGAGAAAAGCGACUGCCAUCAAAUUCUUGGGGUUGGAUCGAUCGGCACAACUGGUAGAGGAGACCAGAACGGAAGAUGAGGAAGGUUGGACUGAAAAACCCAUAGCUAGUAGCUCGAAAACGGUCUUGAAACCUUUAUGGCCUGACGAAGAGGCACCAUGGGCUUUGGCUGGAGGAAGUAGGAAAGCAAGACUGAAGAGAGAGGAAACGGAGAAAGCUACUCUGCUGAGGAGAUACCUUGAAACUGCAAGUGAUGAUAGUGGAUCAGAUGAGGAGGGAUUGAUGACGAUGUACACAACGCAUGGGAAAGGGAAAGGAAAGAGUGUAUCUCGACUGAUGUCAUUUUCCUCAAGCUCGACAACCGGUUCAUCUUCCGACAGAAGACGAGGGUUCUCACCUGAUGGAACAGAUGCCAGUGCUCGAUCUGCGCUUUUGAUCAGUUUACGAAAUCGAGCUAUACCUGUACUUCCUGCUGGGAUUGUCGCCUGUGUGUGCGGUACAAACAACACCAACAGUAUGGGAUCGAUGAUUUCCUGUGCAGCAUGUAAGACAUGGCAUCACAUUAUGUGCUGUGGGAUUGAAGACGAAUCCAAGAUCGGAUCCAACUGGUGGUGCUCGAAUUGUGAAAACUCUUCAAGAUCCAUCAUACAUACUCCGUCCAAUCGACAGGAUUCGCACUCUACACCUCGAAGUCGAUACUCUCAAUUGGCUGAUCCUCGAUCAUCAGCGGUGAAGAGUCAUAUCGGACAUAUAGCCUUGGCUCCUUCACCUAUGUUCACUGCUGGUGUUUCUCACGGUAUACCUUCGACUCGAACACCCCUGAGUCGAGUGGUCAGUUCGCCCAAGAGACCCGAAAGAGCUAGGAUGUUAUCUUACGGAAGUGCCGAUAUGUGGUCUUUCACCGAGGACAACAACCAACCUCCUUCUACACCUGCCCCUAUCAUCGGAGGUUCAUCCGAUCGAUACUCUACACCGAGGAUCGACGAUGCUCCUUUCGACGUGACCUCCACUCCAUCCCGACAUUUAGAUUUCAAUUUUGGUCAGCCGUCUUUGUUCUCCCUUACCCCUCUUGGGGGUAGAUCGCGAGUCCCCUCGUCAAUGUUGGUUGAUAACACGCCCAUAAGAGGUAUAAGCGUAGCUAGGAAUAUAUCAUUUUCAGGUGCGGUAGGAUCGGCUGAAACGAUGACGACAAUAUCAAGAUCGGAUUUCUUCAAAGAUCUAAAUUCCAAGCAACCCAAUACUCCCGGUGCCGGAUCAGAGAAUAUCCCACCUUUAUCACCCAGAUGGCCAGUGGGUUUAUUGGGUGCACAUAAUUUAUCGCCAUCACCUUUCAGCCAUACACCCGGUGGACAUAAGAGGAAUCUCAGUGCCAAUAAGUUAUCGAGUAUGAGGAGUAGCUCCAGAGCCGGUACAAGUGCGAAUCAGAAUUUGAUAGCUGAAGAGAAAGAAGAAGAGUAG